AUGAAAAACACCAGUUGGAUUAGAAAGAACUGGCUUCUUGUAGCUGGGGUUUCUUUCAUAGGUGUCCAUCUUGGAACAUACUUUCUACAGUGGUCUGCAAAACAAUCUGUGAAAUCUCAGUCUGUAGGCAAGCAAAAGAAUAUUGAAGAAUGAAGUAAAAUAAAUAUUUAAAAUUAAUAAUAUGUCAUUAAAUCAUUACAUACUGAUUACCUUCAUAAAUAUGGAGCUGUUUAAUUUUAUAGCUACAAUGCUGCAUCUUUAGACUUUCAUUCCUAAAGAAUAAUUCUUUUAAAUGUUAAAAUCCAUGACAAUGCAAUAAAUAGAAAACUGGUUAACAAAAUAAAAGCUGUCU